AAGUGGUGUCGGGGGAGAAAAAUGGCGGCACUGCUGCUGCAGGAGUUCGAGGAGUCCGAGAUAUCUAAGAUUCCAAAACCAAUUCAAGGCAAACUCGAGAGGAUUCUUUCCGAUCAGCAGAACGAGAUCGACUCCUUGAAAGCGCAGCAGGAGCAGUUCCGUGUUGACAGCGAGCAACAUUUCUUUGAAAAAGUGAAACAACUUGCCCAAUGCCAGGAAGAAUUUCUGUCCCAGACUCAAGAACAUCUUAAACUCAAAGAAGAGUUUACCAAGCGUGAUGAAGAACUUAAAACUAUCCGUGAGAAAAACAGGGAAUAUGAGUCUGUCAAAGAGAGGCUGUCAUCAGAGCAAACUCUGCUGUCAAAGGCCAAAGAGGAACUGGAAGCAGAAAAACGUGAUCUUGUGCGAACUCUCGAUAGGAGAUCCUUGGAGGUGGAGCACGUUAAUGAUGACUUGAGGCAACUCAAUGAUAAGUUGGUGGAAGUCAGCACCUCCAAGAUGGCCCUGCAGAUGAAGUUGGAUGAGCUUGAAGCAGCUGAAGUCAACAUUAAAUACAAGGAGAAGCGUAUGGAACAAGAGAAGGAGCUUCUGCAUGGCCAGACAUCUUGGCUGAAUGAGGAGUUGAAGGCAAAGAGUGAGGAGCUGCUCUCUCUCUCCCGAAAGAAGGGCAACGAGAUCCUGGAUUUAAAAUGCACAGUGGAGAAUAAAGAGGACGAGUUGAACCGACUCCAAGACCAAGUGGCCAGUUUGAAGACUUCAAAUGAAAACCUUCAGAGACAGAAUGAGGACGUGAUCAGCAAAUUGAAAGACGUCAAGGAACAACAAGCCACUGAGGAGGAAAAGUUCAGAAAUGAGUUGAAUGCCAACAUUAAGCUCUCCAAUUUAUAUAAGGGAGCAGCGGCUGAUGCUGAGGCGAAAAGUGAAGAGCUGAGUCGGGCUGUGGAGGAGCUACAUAAACUGUUGAAGGAUGCCGGAGAAGCCAACAAGGCCCUUGAGGAGAAGUUACAGGAGAGGAGCGGUGCCACAGACAAGACUGUAGCUGAACUGAAGGAGAGGAUCCAGGGUCUGGAGAAAGAGCUGGACAACGCCAAUGAUUUACUGUCAAGUUCUAAACUCAGAGGUACAACAUCUCUGCUGACAGAGGAGCAAAUGACAACGAUGUCUCCAACAGCAGCCGCUGUGUCCAAGAUCAAGCCUGGUAUGAAGCUGACGGAGUUGUAUACUGCCUACGUGGAGAGCCAGGAGCAGCUGCAGCUGGAGCGCUUGGAGAACAAGCGGGUCAACAAGUACCUGGAUGACAUAGUGCAGGAAGUGGAAGCAAAAGCCCCCAUCCUCAAGCGGCAAAGGGAUGAGCAUGAGCGCAUGCAGAAGUCAGUGGCCAGUCUUUCUGCCAAGCUGGAGCAGGCUGUAAAGGAAGUUCACCGUCUGCAGAGGGAGACUGAUGAAGCCAACAAGCGCUCCUCUGUCUUGGAAAGAGACAACCAGAGGUGUGAACUGCAGCUGGGAGAUAUGGCUCAGCAGGUGCGUGUGCUGCUGAUCGAGCUGGAAGAGGCUCGUGGAAACCAUGUUCUCCAUGAGGAGGAUGUGAACUCAGCCGACGUCAGCAGCACAUCAGAGGUGAUCAGUCAACAUUUGGUGACGUUCCGCAGUGUGGAAGAGCUUCAGAGUCAGAACCAGCGUCUUCUGGUGGCCCUCAGGGAACUCAGUGAUGCCCAAGAGAAAGAUGAGUUUGAGGCCACUGGCAGCAAGUGUGGUCAUCUGGAGCAGAGUUUGGAGAAAGCUCAGGGUGAGCUGGAUUCCCUGAAAGAGCAGCGCAGCCAGCAGUUAAAAAUGACCGAGUCCAUCGUCAGGCAGAGGGACAUGUACCGCAUGCUGCUGGCUCAGGCAACUGGAGUUAGCUUUCCUCAGCAAGGUGCACCACCCGACGAGUUCUCCCUGACCUCCACGCCUCGACGCUCACCUGCAGCCACUCCCACCACAGGAACGCCCACUGGUCUUGUGUCCAUGGCAACAGAGUCUGCUGAAGCACUGGAGGCCAAAGCAGCCUUGCGACAGUUGCAGGAGGUGUUCUCCACCUAUAAAAAGGAAUGUGUGGACAGUGACAAGGCGCUGACGGCCCAGAACGAGAAGCUCCAGGAGCAACUCUCUGAUCUCCGCUCCCAGAACACCAAGAUAUCCACCCAGCUAGAGUUUGCCUCCAAAAGGUACGAGAUGCUGCAGGACAACGUCGAGGGCUACAGGAAAGAGAUCGCCUCCCUAAGAGAGAAAGAACACAAGAUGGCCGCUGCCACCCAGAAGCAGGAGCAGACUAUCCACAUUUUGAAUGAGGAUCUGAGAGCUGCCAAAGAGAAACUUGCCAUGUCAGAGGGCUGUGCUGAGGGCCUGCGUAAGGAGAGAGACAUGCUGAAGUUGGUGGAGUCUAGGCUGACUCAAGAGACGGAAACAAUCCGGAGUCAACAACAAAGCCAGAACCUGCUGCUGACCAACCUCCAGACUAUUCAGGCCACUCUUGAACGUUCGGAGACUGACACACGUCAGCGUGUCAACUGCCAGUUGGAGAAGCAAGAACGGGAGAUCUCCCAGCUGCAGAAAAGGCUGGAGAACGAGGUGGAACAGCGCCACCUGCUCAUCAGAAACCAAGACAUCCAGUUGAUGGAAGCAAAGAGGCAAAUGGAGACCCAGGCGGCUUCACAACAGAAGACCAAAGAGUUGCUGAACGCUGCCGAGUUGGAGCUCAACACACUCAGGCUGCAGCAAGGCGGCAGCGAAGCACGUCAUAUCCUGAGUUCCCCCUCCACGCAAAACAUCAGAGGCCUGCAGGGCUCAGACCAAGACAUAGAGGUCCUUAAGGGCCGCCUGAGGUUGGCUGAAACCAAGGGAGAGGAGCUGGCAGAAAGCCUCCAAGCAGUCACCUCCAGCCAGGAGCAGUACAGAGCCAUGGCUCAGAGCCUGGAAGAAUCCCUGGAUAAAGAGAAGCAGGUAACUGAGCAGGCACGCUCAUCCAUCGAAGCCCAUGUGAAGCAGGCUGAGGAGCAGCACCGAAAGCUGGAGGAGAAGCUUCUGGAAGCAGAGAAAGAGAAACGAGGCUUGGAAGAGCAAAACAAGAGAGCCACAGCGUCACUGGAGGAACAGAUGAACAACUUAAGGAGAAGUUUAAGCGAUGCCCAGGCAGAUCACCAGGCGGCGCUACAGCGAGUGGAACUGGCUGAAACCCAGCAGCAGCAGGCUCUACAAGGCAGCCAGGAGCAGGCUAAGCUGGCAGCAGAAGCACAAGAUAAGUAUGAGCGGGAGAUGAUGCUGCAUGCAGCAGAUGUGGAGGCCCUGCAGGCCGCUAAGGCUCAGUCCCAGCAGGCCGUCGAGCUCAGACACCAGCUGGAAGAGAGAGUGCAGAGGGUUAGCACCGAGCUACUGGAGGCGCGAAUCUCCUGGGAGGAGCAGGAAAAGAUCUUCAAGGAGGAGAUGUCAAAGAUCGAGAGUCGCUGUGAGGAAUUGCAGAGGCAGAAUGCUCUCCUGCAUGAGCAGAUCCAGACGAUGAGCAGCAAGAUGGCUGACAAUUUGCAGCGUUCUUCCAAUGAGAGUACCCUGAACAUCUCCCUGACUGAAGAGGGCAAAUCUCAAGACCAAGUUCUUGAGAUUCUCAGGUUUGUGCGUCGGGAGAAGGAGAUCGCUGAAUCCCGUUUUGAGGUUGCCCACGGUGAGAGUUUGCGUUAUCGUCUGCGGGUGGAGCAACUGGAACGAGAGCUAAAGGAGGUGCAAGACAGCUUGAGUGCUGCAAGUGAGAGGAUGCAGGUGACAGCAAAGACCUUGGCUCAGCACGACGAGCUGAUGAAGAAGACCGAAACGAUGAGUAUCCUGAUGGAGACCAACAAGAUGCUGAGAGAGGAGAAGGACAAGAUGGAGCUGGAACUGCACCAAACCCAAGCUAAGUUGCAAAAGCUGCAGUCAGACAUCAUGCCACUUCAGCAGGCCAACACUGAGCUGAGUGAGAAGAGUGGCACACUGCAGGCAGAGAAGAAGAUACUGGAAGAAGAGAUCAAACGCUGGAAGGCUCGGACGCAGCAUUUGGUGAGUCAACAGAAAGAUUCCGACCCAGAGGAGUACAAGCGUCUGCACUCUGAGAAGGAGGCUCAUCUAAAGCGCAUCCAGCAGCUCACUGAGGAGAACACCAGACUCAAAGCAGACGUGUCCAGGACCAAUAACUUAACAACAUCCCUGCAAGGUCAGAUACAGAACUUGCGUGACAGUAUGAGUAAGACAACUGAUGAGAGAAAUUUGCUGAAGAAGGAAAUGGAUACCAAGAACCAGGAUAUCCAGGUGAAGGAGCGAACUAUCAUGCAGGUCAAGAAGAUUGGACGCCGCUAUAAGACUCAGUAUGAUGAACUCAAAGUGGAACAUGACAAGAUGGUAGCUGAGGCGGCAGCAGUUCCUUCCCAAGAAGAGGAGGCUCGUCAGGCAUCGGUUCAGGAACUCCAGAGCCUCAGAGACUCUCUGAGUCAGUCUGAAGCCAGGACCAAAGAGCUGGAAGGACAGCUGGAGAACAUAAACAAGGUGGUCACAGAGCACGACACUGAAGUGCGUAAUGCCCAGGAACAGACCUCCAGGCUGCAGGCAGAGUUGACCAGGCUGAGGCAGGAAUUGCAGAGUAAGGUUGCCCAGGAGGAGACGGUGAGGCAGCAGAUGGCCGACAAGGAUGAGAAGACCCGAAAGGGCAUUGUUUAUGCCAGACAGAGGAUCAGCCAGCUCACACGCAUCAAUGAUGAGCUAAAGCAACAACUUGAGGAGGGCGAGGUUCGAAUGACUGCUCUAAAGUCUCAGUAUGAGGGGCGCCUGAGUCGGCAGGAGAGGGAACUGAGAGAUCGGCGGGGUCAACAGGAGAGACAAGAGCAAAGAGAUGAGCCACCUGAUGCAGGGCCCAGCAAGACCCAGGAGCAGCAGAGGAACACUGAACAGAGACAGAUCAGUCUGAAGACGACUCCAGCUGCAGACAGGGGCAGUGCCUGCACCUCUGAACCCCCAACUGCUAACAUCAAGCCAACGCCGGUAGUCGCUUCUGGCAGCAAGCAGCCCGUCAACCCAGGGAACAAACCCACUCCAAGAGCCAGCAUCAGGCCCAUGAUCACCCCAGCGACUGUACCCACACCAACACCCACAGCUACUGUCAUGCCCACUACACAGGUGGAGACCCAAGAAGCCAUGCAGUCUACCGAGGGCCCACCAGUGGAGCACGUGACUGUGUACGGCAGUGCCAGCGGUUCGGUGCGCUCUGCCAGCCCCAACGUACAGACCACUUUGACUAGCCCCAUGUUGACCGUUCAGCAGACCCAGACGCAGACGCAGGCAACGGCAUUUGUUCAACCGACGCAGCAACAGAGCAUGACCCAUACGGAGCCAGCCAAUCAGGAGCCACCGCCUGUGGUCAUCGAGGCAACACCGAGUUCACAGGUGGAAUGGCCUUCGACUUCCUCCACCUCGUCUGUGUUCGGCACUGUUUCAGCAACACCAGGAACUUCCACGAUGUCCAAGAGGCCUCGAGAAGAGGAGGAUAGCACCACCAUGGUCACUGACACUGAAGUAGCUCAGGAGGAAACAUCCAGGGCUCCUAUACCCAAGAAGCUGCGCAUCAUCCAGAGGGUGGGUCCAGAGGAGGAGGUGCAGGCUGAGGAAAGUGCUGAGGCUGAGGGUGUGGUGCCAACAGACAGUCAAGACAGUGCCGAGGCAAGCCAGAUGGAAGAGUUCCCAGCACUGGAGGAAGGAGAGGACAGUGCAGCCUCCCAGUCCAUGACAAUGGACCAAGAGAUGACCCUGACGCAAAGUGACACCCCCGACCAACUGUCACAGGAAGUAAUCGUCAUAAUAACGGACACGGAGAGUGACGAAGACCAGGAAGAGGGGGACGAGGAGGACGAAGAGCAGGACUAUGAUGAGGAGGAGGAAGAGGAAGAUGACGAAGAGGAGGAAGAAGAGGAAGAUGACGAAGAGGAGGACGAGGGAGGGAUGGGGGAGGAAGGAGAGGAAAGCAACGAGGGGAGCGGGGAUGGCAACGAGGCUUACGAAGAAGAUGACACAGAGUGCGCUGAUGCAACAGACCCGGGCACGGAGACGGAGGAGAGUCUGGGGGCGUCCGACUCCACCCAGAGGCCCGCGGAUUCCCAGACACCCAGCUUCGAGGGCAGCUCGAUGGAGGCCUUCUCGACAGAACAAUCCAUCUCGAGCUCUGGUACACGCAUGCCCCAGUCGCCACGGAGACCCACUCAUCAGUUGCCCGCCCGCCUCAACACCCACCCUGCUACAACAUCCGAAUUGGGACCGUCCGCUCAGCGCAAUGCUGGUCGUCGUCAGGCCGUGGGGAGAGUCCCUCAGCUCACUGCUGGGCUGCCGGUAAGCUCUCAGCACUUCUUCGAUGAGGAUGACAGGAUGGUUCCCAGCGCUCCCACUCUGGUGGUACCACACCGCGAUGGUUUUGACCAGGCCAUCCAUUCUCCCCAGGUGGCUGGUGUGCCUCGCUUUCGGUUUGGUCCCUCAGAUGAAAUGCCCCAGACCAGCUCCUCGUCGCAAUCCGAUCUGGGACAACUCGCAUCACAAGGAGGUCUUGGGAUGUAUGAAAGCCCCUUGUUCCUAUCAACUCAUGAAGAAGAGUCGGGUGGACGCAGUGUUCCCACCACACCACUACAAGUCUCAGCACCAGUAACCAUCUUCUCCGAGGUGGCUCAGUCUGACACCACUGAGCACGCCUCCCAGUCGGUUCCCAUGGUGAGCACGUCCACGCCAGGCCUAGUGGUGCCAGGAGCAGCCGGUACAGGGGAGGAGAGGGAUGAUGUCCUCCUGGAGCCUGACGCUGAUAGGCCCAGUGCUGAAGCGUCAAUGGAUGCGGUGGUGUCUCAGGGAGAUGUGGAGGAGCAAAGUCAGCCCUCCGACAAGGCCAGCCUCCCCUCCACCAGCCAGGAGCCCUCCUCCAGCUCUGCAGACACAAGCAGUGCUCCACCUAAACCCUCUAGACCUGGAACCAGCAGACAGCUGCAGCGCUGGCCAGAGAGCCGUGGGGGACGUAUGAAGAGAGGAGGUCAGGCAUUUCCAUCUCGGGGACAACACGGGAGACGAUUUGCCAGAUGAAACACUAAUCAGGAAACUUGAGAACCCGGACAGGUCGUCAUUCCCUUCAGAAACAUCACACAUCAGUGAUUCUCUGCUCAGUCCUGAUAAGUACUCAGCCUGUCGUUUUUAUGUUCUCCUUUUGUUUUUAAAUGUACUUGUAAAGUACCCUUUGUUAUUCAUGGCCCAUGCUGAUGUAGUGUUUUAUGAAGACUGUAAUAAACUUGAAAACUUGAGGAAAAA